AUGUCGGCGUCUUCCACCCAACCUGCUGGCGCUCCGCCGGCGCAUCCGCUUCGCCCUUACUAUCAGGCGCCCGAGGAUUCCGUCUUCAUCGCCACCGCUCCUCGCUUCAACAUGACGGGCACACCAGGCGCCGCAUCGCGAACCGCGUCAGGUGCCUCCAACGCCACUUCCAACCCGGCGCUACAUGGCUCAGCAGCGGCGCGCUCGGGCUCGAACCGCUACAUGUCCGCCCAAGACGCAAAGCCCUAUGUCGCCACUACCACGAGUGGCAGCUUUGGCGAAGCCGAUGCCGGCGUCUCGGACAUCUUCCGUGCACUUCUCGUCAGUGGUGCGCUCCAAUACACAAGCACCUGCCUGGCCAUGCCGUUCGAAGUCGGCAAGCUCCUCUUGCAGGUACAGUGGGUGCCCAGAGACGACGUCUGGCUGCAGGUCACGCAGCAGGCUGCUCUAGCGCAGAGACGCCCCGCCAUCAAGCCACAGGCCGCAGACCCCGCACGAGAGUUGCGCGACGAAGCACAGGUGGAUGACUGGGAGCAGGAAGUGGCGCCAGAGGCGAAUGAAUGGGACCGAGAUAGCGACAUCCACGACGAGGAUAUGGAGGACGAUGUUCUCGAAGGGGAUCUCUCGGACGAAGACGACGCCGAUGCCUACUUCCGCGAUGUGGCUUCCCGACCCGCGCGCGCCGACACUUCCCUCUACUCUGGCCGCAAGAAGAGGCGCGUGGUCGACGCUUCCGGCUACGUCAUGCGCAAGAGCGUCCACGACCAAGUCGCACGCCCCGAGUUUGUCAUGCCCGUCGUGGUGCGGGGCGGCGUGUGGGAGAUGAUGAAGGCCGUCGGUCGUGGCAAGGAGGGCUGGCUCGGUCUGUGGAAGGGCUCGCUCACCUCGUUUGUGCUGGAGGUGACGUCGUCGACGAUCCAGCCGCUCGUCUCGUCCAUCCUUUCGCUCUUCGCGCCAUCUGCCCUCUCACCCCUGCCGCUGGCGUAUGCGCCGUAUCCUUACAAGACGCUGGGAUUGCUCUUGUCUUCGCAUCUCAUCACCGGCAUUCUCGUCUCGCCGAUCGACUUGGUUCGGACCAGGCUCAUCGCCCAGAGCACGCUCCCAGCACACCGCAAGUACAGCGGCCCCUACGACGCGCUCCAGAAGACGCUGCGCGAGGAAGGAGGCUGGAAGACGGCAUACCUCCACCCGAAUCUGCUCAUCCCAACCAUCCUCGACUUUACGCUGCGUCCGCUGCUCUCGCUCGGUGCACCUCUGCUCAUCGAGCACACGCUGCGCCUCGAGCCCAACACGCAUCCCAUCAGCUACGCCGUCGCCGAGCUCGCCAUCUCCACAGCGUCGCUGUGCAUCACGCUGCCCAUCGAGACGGUGCGUAGGAGGCUGCAGCUCCAGAUGCGCAAGCCCUAUGGCGCCAAGGACGCAGAGGCUUCUAGCGCCGCCUCGACGCGUAAGAUCACCAGCGCCACGCUGCAGCAGCAAUCGUCGACGGCAGCAUCGCACGGAGGCAUUGCGCUCACUACGGGCAACGUCAGUGUCCGCGGUCUGCGCACGUGCGUCGAAACGCGGCCCCUUCCGUACGUCGGCGUGGUGGAGGCCAUCUACCGCAUCGUGACGGAAGAGACUGUGGCCACGCACAUGCGGUCCGCCAAGCCCGAUCAGACUUCUGCAUCGGCAAACAACGCGACGGACGGCAGCGCAUCCGAUGCCGAAGCCGCUUCGGGCUCAAAUGCAAUGGCUCAGUCGGCCAUUCUGGCCGCAAAGACCGGCCAUUCAUCGCUUGGCGGUCUCCGAUCUCUCUACCGCGGCUUCAGCAUGGCGUUCAGUGCCAACCUCGUCGUCUUCAUGCUCACCAUCGUCAGCGGCGAGAGGGCGGGUCCCGCAGGGUGGGCCGAGAUUUAA